UAUUCAAAAUCAUAUAAAUUGUGAGUUUCACUGACAAACCCUCAACAACAAAAAAACAAAAAGUUCUCUCUCUCUCUCAUGGUCAUGGGAGCUUUUUCUAUAUCUGUUGCAUUGCUGCUACUUUCUCUUUUUCACCGAGUACACAGUAAGCUUUCUUACAAGGUGGAACAAGCUGUAGAGAGUGGCUGUGACCUUUACCAAGGGAAUUGGGUUUUCGAUAAAUCAUACCCUCUUUACGAUAAUUCAAGUUGUCCAUUCAUUAAGAAGGAAUUCAAUUGCCAAAAUAAUGGUCGUCCAGACACAGAUUAUCUCAAAUAUAGAUGGCAACCCACUGGCUGCAACUUACCAAGAUUCAAUGGUAGAGAAUUUUUGUCAAGACUUAGAGGGAAAAGCAUAAUGUUUGUGGGGGACUCGUUGAGUGAAAACCAAUGGCAAUCACUCACUUGCAUGCUUCAUUCAGCUGUACCAACAGCUAAUUACACCGUGACCAAGACUGGGAACAUCUUCACAUUCACAUUCCCGGACUACAAUGUUACAGUGUUGUUAGACUGGAAUGCAUUCCUUGUUGACAUUAUGGGUACAAGUGAGGGGCGUGCUCUUAAACUAGACUCAAUCGAAGGUGCAAAAGUAUGGAAUGGAAUCGACGUAUUGAUCUUCAAUUCCUGGCAUUGGUGGACUCACACGGGAAGAAAACAACCAUGGGACUUUAUUCAAGUAGGGAAUAAGACGUACAAAGACAUGGAUCGCUUGGUUGCAUAUGAGAAAGCGUUGAAUACAUGGGCUAAAUGGAUAGAUUCCAAUGUCGAACCUAAAAAAACCAAGGUCUUCUACCAAGGUGUUUCCCCUGAUCAUGCAAAUGCAAGUAUGUGGGGGCAACCCAGUGCAAAGGAAUGCGCAGGUCAAACAGAACCAUUGCAUGGCCCAAAAUAUCCAGGAGGUCCACAUCCAGCAGAGCUGGUGGUAGAGAAAGUGCUAAGCACCAUGUCAAAGCCAGUGUACUUGCUCAAUGUUACAACCCUAUCGCAACUUAGAGUAGAUGGGCAUCCAUCAGUUUACGGAUCUGGUGGACACAGCUCCCAGGAUUGCAGCCAUUGGUGCCUAGCUGGGGUACCUGAUACUUGGAAUGAAUUCUUGUAUGCAACUCUCAUUCAGAAUCAGAGCUAGAAUAGUCUCUGUUACUUUCCCCUCCCAAAUAAAACUCUCUAAAUUGAAUCAAUGUGAUCUGUUUUAUUGAAUGAGAAAAAAAUUGACUUUAAUCACACGUGACUACGGCAUGCAUUAAUUAAGUGUAGCGACGUCGUUCCAGACUCAACUCGCUUGUCCUUAGAAGCUAACGACGUCGUCUUUAGAAAGUUGGGAUGUUUAGUG